AGUCAUCCCCUCAAACAGUCAAGAUCAUCUUCUAUCUAUCAGACUAUCAUCAUAGUCGGCUACGCCAGAAGUUUGAGGGAUUGCAUCAAACUUUUUCUAUGUGUUCUUCCUUAUUUUACUCCAAUUCUCCCUAGAAAUCUGAAAUCUUGUCCUAAUCAUUCAAUCUUCCUAAAAUCUUAUCCUAAUUUAAUUUAUUUUUCCUAAAUUUAAAUUAUUCCUCUUUGCGUUCCCAGAAAUCUUCCUCCUUUCUUAACCUAAUCCUUCGUACAGUUCUAAUGUCAACACCUCGUGAUAAUAAAAGAAGAAAAACGGAUACCCAGGAUCAUGACAUCAUGCCUGAACCAGGUGACGAAGGUUCUCGCGGAGAUGAACAUACUGCUACUGCUAGGACAGAGGUUGAUGACAAGGUUUAUGUCCCUGAUGAACAAGAGGCCCCAAGUGAUAAAGUUCCAGAGACAACUAUAAGCAAGAGCACUAUCAGAGUUUGUAGUAGCUCAACUACAUCUGGAGAUAAACUGGUUGCUGAUGCUGGAGACCCCUUGAAUGGUGGUAAUAUGUCCACCACUUGUCCUCGGGUCUCACCCUCUAUUACAGUAGCAAACCCCAAACCUUUUCCCAAACCUCUCCCCAAACCAUGUCCAGCUUCUACAAGAAUACAAGUUGGGGAUUUUACUGUUUUUUUGGUUCCCCGUGUCAAACUAGACUUCCAUUUUUUUUGUGGAGGUUAUAAUGGGGUGUCAAUUCAAAUGGUUCGAGAGAUUGUAACAGCACAAUUUUCUAACCCAUGGAAGUUUAAAAAAAGUAUUUAUGUUCCCGACAAAGAUGUUAGGGUACGUCUUUUGUUUAAUCAAAAAAGGAUAGGUAAGCUAAAAAAGUUGGCCGAAGGCAGAUUUUUUUUUAGACCCCCUCACUUGCAAAACACUAGCAUGCUUUCGAAAUUAGAGAACAAACUUUUUAAGAAACUUGGUACGUUUGAAGUGACACAUGACGGCACUCCCUACGUAGUGAAAGUGUUUCCGGCGUCUUUUUCAGAAGAUGCAACACAAAUGAUGUGUGCUACUUCAGGUAUGACAGAGGAUCCACCUGCUAUUAUACUGAAUGGAAUUCCAUCUCAUUGGUUUGCGGAGCAACCUGACUCCUCCAAACCAUCAAAAAGGCUUCUUUGCAUCUUUCUUGAGACUUUCGGGAAAGUCAGGGAUCUUGACGUUGUUCAGGAUGAAAAUUUUGGUAAGGAUGAGAGAAAUGUUCCUUCAACAAAAAAAGAGGAUUCAAUUUCGAUUGUUGUGUAUUGCAAAGUGAUUGUUCAUUACGAAGAGUAUGAACAUUGCUAUAAUGCGUUGAAGUUCUUGUGCUCGCAUUCGUUGCAAAAGGGCUCAGGCAUAGCCGACUAUGAAGUGUCUUGGAAGGAGGAGGAUCUUUGCCCAAGGUUUUUAUCUUUACAAAAGGAGGACCCAAGAAUGAAGCUUGUUUGGAAGGACAAUCGUGAUGUUUCUGCAGACCCUGAGAAAGUGGAUUUUGAGGAGUUCCAGGCUCUAAAGCACAAAAUGAUUACGCUUGAGGAGCAGUUGAAGGAUGUGACGGCUAGAUUGGAGAAGUUUGAGGCAUAAAAGAGCAGUGGUGCUCUUCCUUAGUUAGGGUUUGCUGAUAAAAAUUAUUCUAAAUAUUUUGGUGUACAUACUAGGUGAUUCCCUUUAGCAGUAUUCAGCUUUUAUUAGAUUGUUUCGUGGUCGUAGAAUCACCAAACAAGCUUGAUGCCCUGAUAAGGAGUUCAACGGCUCAACGCUGCCAGUGAUAGUUAGGAAUUGGGAGGCUGUUGAGGCACAAUAUGUUAUAGUGCCAGCUUGGCAUGCAUUUUGGGACGGUGUUAACUAUACUUUGUUGAAUUAUAUCUUAUUAGUUUUUGUUUUAUGGGGCUGAA